AUGAUCCUUUUCCUGCUCCAGUGUCCCCUGAGAGCACACACAGGUAAGACGGCUGCCUGCGGUGGAGAGCAGCCCGGUGCUGUGGAAAGCAGCUCUUCUCCGCAGCAUGUGACCCUAAUGCUUCCAUUACUCUUUCCAUUUCUAGAAAAUGAAGUCCCAGCCCCAGCCCCACCCCCACCCCCGGAAGAACCAAAUAAAGAGAAGGAGGCCAAAACUACACCAGCAAAAGAUGAAGAGGAAGUGUCCCCGCCUAGCGCCUUGCCUCCAGGUUUGGGUAGUCGGGCCUUGGAAAGAAAAGAUUCAGAAUGGUCUCUUGGCGAAUCACCUGGUGGGGAGGAGCAAGACAAGCAGAACGCCAAUUCUCAGCUGUCCACCCUACUAAUCGAAAAACCUCAGUCAGGAACAGUGAAAGUUGGUGAAAAUAUCACCUUUAUAGCCAAAGUCAAGGCUGAAGAUCUUCUGAGAAAACCCACUAUCAAAUGGUUCAAAGGGAAAUGGAUGGAUCUGGCCAGCAAAGCGGGGAAGCACUUGCAGCUGAAGGAAAGCUUCGAAAGGCAUUCUCGGGUGUACACAUUCGAGAUGCAGAUUAUCAAGGCCAAAGAGAACUUUGCAGGAAACUACAGAUGCGAGGUCACCUACAAGGAUAAGUUUGACAGCUGUUCAUUUGAUCUCGAAGUGCGUGAAUCUACUGGGACUACUCCAAACAUUGACAUCAGAUCUGCUUUCAAGAGAAGUGGAGAAGGUCAAGAGGAUGCAGGGGAACUUGACUUUAGUGGUCUCCUGAAACGUAGGGAGGUGAAGCAGCAGGAGGAAGAACCCGAGAUAGACGUGUGGGAGCUGCUGAAGAAUGCCAACCCCAGCGAGUAUGAGAAGAUCGCCUUCCAGUACGGCAUCACCGACUUGCGCGGCAUGCUCAAGCGGCUCAAGCGCAUGCGCAGAGUGGAGAAGAAGAGCGCAGGUGUGGUAGUUCGCUGCCCCGCGCCUCGCUGGCUGUGCGGGGAGCGGACGGCUUCUGAAGGUUUAAGAUAUAUUUUUGAACACAAAGGUUGUGAAAGAAUCAUGUUUAUCAAUAACUGCAUGCUGACAGAUGAUUCGGAGUAUUAUGUGACAGCUGGAGAUGAGAAAUGUUCCACCGAGCUCUUUGUCAGAGAGCCUCCAAUUAUGGUGACCAAACAGCUGGAAGAUACAAAUGCUUACUGUGGGGAGAGAGUGGAAUUAGAAUGUGAGGUGUCUGAAGAUGAUGCCAAUGUAAAAUGUUAUGUAUUUACACCAGAUGCCUACUCUGUUACUUUGCCUGCCAAAGUUCAUGUUGUUGAUCCUCCUAAGAUCAUCCUGGACGGUCUUGAUGCUGACAAUACAGUGACAGUGAUUGCAGGAAACAAGCUUCGGCUCGAGAUCCCCAUCUCUGGAGAACCACCUCCUAAAGCCAUCUGGAGCCGAGCAGAUAAGGCUAUUGCAGAGGGCAGUGGCCGGAUAAGGGCAGAAUCUUACCCUGAUAGCAGCACUCUGGUCAUUGAUGUCGCUGAAAGAGAUGACUCUGGUGUUUACCACAUAAAUCUGAAAAAUGAAGCAGGAGAAGCACAUGCGAGCAUCAAGAUUAAAGUUGUGGACAUCCCUGAUCCUCCAGUGGCUCCAAAAGUGACAGAGGUGGGAGAUGACUGGUGCAUCAUGAACUGGGAGCCUCCUGUCUACGAUGGAGGGUCUCCAAUCUUGGGUUACUUUAUUGAAAGGAAAAAGAAACAAAGCUCCAGGUGGAUGAGGCUGAAUUUUGAACUCUGCAAGGAUACAACUUUUGAGCCCAAGAAGAUGAUUGAAGGUGUGGCGUACGAGGUCCGCAUCUUUGCGGUCAAUGCUGUCGGCGUCUCCAAGCCCAGUAUGCCCUCCAAGCCUUUUGUUCCUUUGGCUGUAACCAGCCCUCCUACUCUUCUGACUGUUGACUCUGUCACUGACACAACUGUCACCAUGAAGUGGCGGCCCCCAGACCAGAUUGGUGCAGCAGGUUUAGAUGGCUAUGUGCUAGAGUAUUGCUUUGAAGGAAGUACAUCAGCAAAACAGUCUGAUGAAAAUGGGGAGGCUGCGUAUGAUCUACCAGCUGAGGACUGGAUAGUUGCGAACACAGAGCUGAUCGACAAGACGAAGUUCACCAUCACAGGUCUGCCGACGGAUGCCAAGAUCUUUGUGCGCGUGAAGGCUAUCAACGCGGCGGGGGCCAGCGAGCCCAAGUACUACUCUCAGCCCAUUCUCGUGAAGGAAAUCAUUGUUUGUUGUAACUCCUUUGAUAUUUUAUUAAUGCUUUCUAGGAGUUGGAAAUUAACAAAACAGCUCUCUUCUGGCAGAGUGGGAGGUCACCUUCGUGUUUAUAACUUGGGAAAACCAAGACCGGAAUUAACUUGGAAGAAGGAUGGUGCAGAAAUUGAUAAGAAUCAAAUAAACAUUCGCAACUCUGAGACUGAUACAAUCAUAUUUAUCAGAAAAGCAGAGAGGAGCCACUCUGGGAAAUAUGACCUGGAAGUCAAAGUGGACAAAUUCGUGGACAGCGCAACGAUUGACAUUCAGAUCGUUGACCGUCCGGGUCCACCUGAACUUGUGAAGAUUGAGGAUGUCUGGGGAGAGAAUGUUGCUCUGACAUGGAUACCACCAAAGGAUGAUGGAAAUGCCGCCAUCACAGGGUACACCAUCCAGAAGGCUGACAAGAAGAGCAUGGAAUGGUUCACUGUCAUUGAGCAUUAUCACCGAACCAAUGCCACCAUUACUGAACUGGUCAUAGGGAAUGAAUAUUAUUUCCGGGUCUUUGCUGAAAACAUGUGCGGCCUCAGUGAGGAUGCGACGAUGACUAAAGAGAGUGCGGUGAUCGCCAAGGACGGUAAAAUCUACAAAAAUCCAGUGUAUGACGACUUUGAUUUCACAGAGGCACCCAUGUUUACUCAGCCUUUGGUUAACACCUACGCUGUAGCUGGUUACAAUGCCACCCUGAACUGCAGUGUGAGAGGAAAUCCUAAGCCUAAAAUAACCUGGAUGAAAAACAAAGUUGCUAUUGUGGAUGACCCAAGAUACAGGAUGUUCAGCAACCAGGGGGUCUGUACCCUGGAGAUUCGUAAGCCUAGCCCCUAUGAUGGAGGCAUUUACUGCUGCAAAGCAGUCAAUGACCUUGGGGAAGUGGAGAUAGAAUGCAAACUGGAGGUGAAAGUGAUAUAUCAAGGACUAAAUACCCCUGGACAACCAGUCUUCCUGGAGGGGCAGCAACAGGUGGCCUCUCCUUCUGCAGGCUCCUCUUGCAAGGUGUGCCUCCAAAUAUAAUUGAUUCCUAUUUGCGAGACUUGCAAUCAAGCGAUCCUGAGGAAUACUGAGG